UAGUUUGUUCGACACACGUCCUGCUUUUCUGGCCUACACAAAUAACGUCCAUAUCGAAGUUCAUUAAAUUUUUAAGUGUGUAUUGCAGUGUUUUAUAAAUAUGUACGCCGCAGUUGCUUGUUCAUGUGAUACGAGAUAAAGUUCAUUUAUUGUCGUACAUACAAUUAUUUUCAACAAAUAUGAUAGUAGCAGAUAAUCUUGUGAUAAGGAUAAUGACUUUGUUGAGAGAGAUCUCAAAAUAUUCAACACAAUUCCGAUAAUCUAAAAUUUUCGAAUGUGUACAGAUCCCAGUUUAUCAUGAAGAUCAACAGAAAGCUGCUUCCAAUUAAAGCCCAUUACUUCUUCUUUAUGGCAGCAAUGGGUCCAAUACUACCCCAAUUGCAGGUUUAUGGAAAAGAAUUGGGGAUAUCCUCAGUCGUGAUGGGCAGCAUAACUGGGGUCCUACCCAUCGUCUUUCUGAUCGCAAAACCUGCCUUUGGUAUGUUGGUAGACGUUUACAGAAACUACAGAAAGACCAUUUUUAUGAUGUUGAUUUCCACCAUGACUAUUUCGUACGCAUUGAUGAACUUCAUACCUCCUGAAGCCAAGGUGGAGGUACACAUCGAGGAUUUGGGGGACAUCGUUUUGGACUCAUGUAAUGCUACAGAUAUUCAAGAUGAACUACAAUGUAAUAACCACACCACAACAGUGAUAUGUACCUCAAAAUGCUUAAUGGAACCAACUGCUUUCCUUAUGAAUUCCCUCAAUUCGAAUACCAGUCAAUACAGACUAUGUAGUUUCGAAAAUUAUAGUUUGAACACGAACAACAGUGCCACUUGCGGAAUGGAAUGUAAAGAGGACAUCGAAAGGAACAGUGGGUGUUUGUACACAUCCUUUACUUUUUGGAGUUUCGUCAUACUUAUGUCGAUUGGAACUAUAGGAUUCAAUGUCACAAAUUCUAUUAGUGAUGCCAUUUGUUUCGAUGUAAUAGGAGAUCAGUAUGAUUAUGGAAAGCAAAGAGUUUGGGGAACCAUAGGCUUUGGACUGUCAGCAUUGAUAGCUGGCUACAUAGUGAAUUUAUUUUCUGGCAGUGCAAUCACGUAUACACCUGCUAUUAUUGUAAUGCUCAUAUGUUCCUUUUUCGAUCUAACAGCAUGUAUAAAACUUAAGCUUCCCAUUAUUGAAUCUCCUGAAAACAUAUUUAAAGACAUUAGAAGACUACUUAAUAACCGUACAGUAAUAACCUUUAUUGUGUUUGCGGUUUUUGCGGGUAUUGUGGAUAGUUUUAUAAUUUAUUAUUUAUUUUGGUACUUAGAAGAUUUAGCAGAAGCGACAGGAACUAAGAAUAUAAAACUUCUGGAAGGACUAAUAGUGGCAGCUGAAACGCUUGGGGGAGAAGUUAUAUUUUUUUCAAUAUCAGGUAAAAUAUUGGAACGUUUCGGCCACGUGCAUUGCUUCAGCAUGUGUUUCAUAAACUAUGCCCUUCGUUUGGGACUGAUUUCUAUAGUACCUUCGCCCUGGUGGGUAGUACCAAUAGAAUUCAUACUUCAAGGGCCCACCUAUGCCCUUACAUAUACAACGAUAGUCGCUUAUGCCAAUGAGCUUGCUCCUCCAGGAGCCUCAGCCACCAUGCAAGGCAUAGCAGCUGGAAUGGACGAUGGAUUCGGGUACGCAAUUGGUAGCUUUUUGGGAGGAAUUUUAUAUAAGUGUAUUGGAGGAAGAAAUGCCAUGCAGGUGUUUAGUGCAUUUGGAGUGUUGUGCAGUAUCAGCCACUUGGUGCUUCACAAGACUAUCCUGCAAAAUCACGAAGUUCCAACAGAGGACGGCCAAUCGGAGUACAAAAGUCCUGAGGAAGCAAUCAAAUAUGUCAACUCUCUUGAUAUAUCAUGAUAUGAACAUUUAUUGCUCAAAAACAAAUGUGAUACUUUUUAAAAUAUUAGAGUAUAAAUAAAUCUGACUUUAUUACAAAAUAAUUUGAUUAAAUU